AAGCAAGCCAAGAUCAAUGGGGGGUCGCCCCAGUCAAAAAUGGUAAGAAGGAGUAGCAUCAAUAACAUUCAUUGUAUGUACGCCUCCCAGCGAUCCACAGGCAUCUGUAGCAUGUUGUACCCGAGAGUUAUUUUGGCUGUGUCCGUUACACCAUGGACAAUAAUCUUAGUCGGAGUAAAAUUCCUUACCUUUCCACCCAAAGCUGAACAUAUCCGCACAGAUAUUCCAUUUUUUUUAUUGAGGAUCCAUUUUCGAACUGAACUACUCAUGCCUAGGCAAAACAAGCAAGGGAGUUCUUAAUAAGGAGCUCUAGCUACAGCUCCCUGCGGGAGGGUUCCCGUGCUUACUUUACUAAGGAGCAAGGCAGCUACGCAACACUUCCUUGCAACUCAUACCUACUAACAAACUGUUUACUCUUUUUAAGGAGUUAGCUGCAUUUCCCUGCGGGAGGUAGCUACGCAAUCAAAGCAGCAGGGCAGCUUCGCAACACCUGCUUCAACUUUUUGCACAUUAGCAACAAGAUUGGAUAGUUGAUUGUUGAGAAGAUAGCUGCAGCUCCCGGAGGAAGGAAGUGAACUACAGUUCCAGGGGGAGCACAGCAAGGGCCAAUACCGGCUGUGAGGCGCGUAGCGGGAAGAGAUGUAUGGUAAAGGAUAGCUGUUUAACCAUUUGUAAUGGAAUGGGAUGUUGAUCCUCCUUGGAAUAAUACGUAUAUAAUCAGAUUAUCAUUCCAGUUAGAGAUAUCAAUUAAGAAAACACUGCCAAAAUACGCUUCGCCAUGUGCGGAUCAAGUCCUUUUAAGGCGAUCCCGCGAAGCAGGUCUACGGUGUCCACGAUUGUAUCCGACUAUUGAGUGAGGCCAACUUCCCGAUUGAUAGAAUCUUACGCCCCAAAUUCCCAUCUCUUUUUUCUUGGUUGGACCAACCGGCACCAGCCAUUUCCGUCUUCCUUAAUUGGGAGAGUCAGAAUCAGUCUCUCUUUGUUUGGGGGGAGCAGAAAAUGAAGGAACCUUUGCUUUGAAAAUGAUUGUUCUAAAAUGGUUAUUCCUCACAAUUUCUCCUUGUGAUGCAGCGGAACCAUGGCAAUUAGGAUCUCAAGACGCAGCUACACCUAUAAUGCAAGGAAUAAUAGACUUACAUCACGAUAUCUUUUUCUUCCUCAUUCUUAUUUUGGUUUUCGUAUUAUGGAUCUUGGUUCGCGCUUUAUGGCAUUUCCACUAUAAAAAAAAUGCAAUCCCGCAAAGAAUUGUUCAUGGAACUACUAUCGAGAUUCUUCGGACCAUUUUUCCUUGUUUCAUUUCGAUAUUCAUUGUUGAACCAUCCUUUGCUUUGGCCCUUGACGACGCGGCGGAGGCUCUCUUCCCCAACACAGCCCCGACCCCUUCCAACACCUCCUCGUCGGAGGAUUCUUUUGGGCUGAGUGUUCUUUCGGAACCCUGGCCCAUUACCCGAAAUCUCGGGUUGGAGUCUUCGAUUUGUAAUCGAAUUCGCCUGCUCGAGGCGGCGAAUUCCCCUUUUCUGCUUGGAAAAGAGAAAGGGCAGUAUUGGGGGGAAAUUCAAGAAUGUCUUUAUAAUGUUUCCGAACAAAGGGAGUAUUAUAGACUCUUGGAUUUCGAGAACCGGGAUCUCCAAAUAAGGGAACGGAAGCACUCCUGUUUAGAAGUCUUUCGGGGAGUGCUUUUGAGGAAUCCUUAUUUGGAAGAAAGGGCCGCCUACUCUCCUCAAGAGGCUUUUUUCGACUUCUUGAACGAGAGGCGGGACGCGCUGGACAUUUCGAACCCCGGAUCUAGCCCGGCCGAAAUGGACCGCCUAGAGAUCUUAUUUCUAGGCGAAAUAGAGCGUGACCUUCUCAGACGGGGCGACGAAUCUCUUUAUAUUAAACAAUUACUUGGGGAUUGA